AUGUCUACCAGUAACAAUAUAGCCCAGGCCCGGAAGCUGGUGGAGCAGCUGCGCAUCGAAGCUGGCAUCGAGCGUAUCAAGGUGUCCAAAGCCUCGUCCGAGCUGAUGAGCUACUGUGAACAGCAUGUGCGCAGCGACCCCCUGCUCGUGGGCGUGCCCGCCUCCGAGAACCCCUUUAAGGACAAGAAGCCAUGCACCAUCCUAUAG